ACUUACCUCUGCUUGCCUCCCAUGCCGACCCGGACCCGAACCCUACGGCGAACACGAACCACGACGCGUUCCUCACAGACAAAGCCGCUGCGCCGGCUUGAGAAAACACCCUCCUCAUGAACAGCUGCGAGGCCGCCAUCCCCGCACUCGACGCCCGCGCCCAGGGCGAGCGUGACCGUCGCCUCGAGAAGGAGCGGCUCGAGAAAGAGCUGCAGGAACCGAGGCCCAAGUACGAGGGCGCGAUGGGCAAGUACAAGGCAUCGGACGCGUCAUGAGUCCCUCGCUCCCUUCUCAUCUCUUCGGGCACGCGUGCGUGCUGGGAGGGCGCUCUGGGCGUCGCCAGGCAGGAGAAUGCCAGUGUCGUGCGCUCCGAGCGCUCGAGGCGACGACGACGGGACACCGCAAGAGCACCCCGGCGGCGCUCGAGACGCUCCCCAUCACCGCGUCCUCGUCCACCUCUCCGUCCCCGCAUGGCGACUGCUUCCCAAACUCCGGCUCGUGCACGCUCGAUCGAUCCGUGAGGAACGAAGGCGCCGCGUCCUUCUGGCCCGUCCAGCGUGCCCCCGAGCGUCCCUGGCUGCUCGACUCGCCGUUCGACCUCGCGACAUGCGCCCAGGCUCGGCGCAGCCCCGAUCCGAUGAGCCGCAGCCGCAUGCCGAUUGACGAUGACGAGGACGAGGGGGGCGACUGGGACUUCCGCGCGGGCAACUUCGACGGCGACGACGCGAUGGGAGGAGGUGAUUGAGCUCGUUUGUGAAUCCGCCGCCCUCGGGGGCGCCCGCACGGAAUAUAUCCUCCCCCCGGGCGUCGGGGGGCCUGUAGAGGGAGCAUUUGUCCUGAGCUUGGGGGCAGGGAGGAGAGCGCGCGUGGCUCAAAGAGCGGGAUUGGGGUAUUGGGACCGGGGCUGGGGUGAGCACCGCGUGGCUGCUGUCGCUUGAGAACGCGUCAGAGGGAGGCGGCGGGAAGAAUUGGCGUGGGGGCGUUGGAAAAAGGACAGGUGAGGAAGGGACGCAUAACGGGCGUCGUUGUGCGUAUGUGUGCAGAGUUCAUGGAUUUUCCUCUGUCGAACCGGAUGAUGUGCGUGCAGGGACGGGAGCCGCCGAUUCCUCGAAGGAGGGGCUAGUGUCAAGGACCACGCCCUCUUCGCCGAAGGACGCCUCCAGAAGGAAACAAUGUAGAAGUGGAUUUUGACUGUUCACGUCAGGCGAUGGCUCAGGAGGAGACAGCGAGACGUCAUAGAGUUUGGGAUAUUUCAAGAAUCCCCUCGCCACGGGUGGGUCACUUUUGCACAUGCGGGCAAGUUCUUCCAUAUGCGACAAGAGCACGGGUGACGAGAAGAGCUCCUACAAUGAAAAGUAGACGUAAUUUCCAUGUCCCCUAGUCAUAGGACGAGUAUGGUGGGAAGCUUGGAGAAGAUGUUUGUUUCGCCAGACGCAGAGCGCUUGACUCCUGAGCGAACAAGUUGAUCAACCUGUCCUCUGGCGGGUACUGGAUCCCAGCUUGUACAG